GCUCGACCUGGCGCAGUCAGGGUACGAUCGCGCGCUUGGCUCCAUUACUUUCUGAGGGCUCCGCGCACCAAUAUCAAGUUAAUCCAAACACCAAACAUUACGCAUCGUUUUCACAACAAAUAAACCAACCGAAAUAUAAAGCUCUGGUGUAAUUCCGUAAUUGCUUGGCUUUGUUUUAUGAAAUAUCCGCCAACUGUUGGUUGUUUGAACAGUAACCAAUCCCGAAAUCUUAAGCUUGUUUAUAGUCAAAUAAACAACGCAAAAAAAAGUUGAUCAAAGGCGAUUGUUUUUUAUGCUAGUUUUUGUUUUGUUUGUUUUUUGUUAUUAACUGUUAACGGCACACCGACGAAAAGAUGGCAACGCUAAAAGAGGAUCAUACCGCUUUGGAUCUCAUCAUCAAGUCGCUCAAGUCGCCCAGCAUGGUGUGCGAGGGCACCCACUUUGAUGGCAAGAUUCCGCACACUUUUGUGAUCUUUGGCGCUUCGGGCGAUCUGGCCAAGAAGAAGAUCUACCCGACCUUGUGGUGGCUGUACCGAGAUGAUCUGCUACCCAAGCCCACCAAAUUUUGUGGAUAUGCCCGCUCCAAGCUGUCGAUAGAAAAGCUCAAGGAGAGCUGCAAGCAGUACAUGAAGGUGCAGCCAAAUGAGCAGACCAAAUACGAGGAGUUCUGGGCCCUCAACGAGUAUGUGGCUGGCAGCUAUGACGGACGCACAGGAUUUGAGCUACUCAACCAGCAGCUGGAGCUGAUGGAGAACAAGAACAAGGCGAAUCGCAUCUUCUAUUUGGCCCUGCCACCCAGCGUCUUUGAGGAGGUGACCGUCAACAUUAAGCAGAUUUGCAUGUCUGUCUGCGGUUGGAAUCGUGUGAUUGUGGAGAAGCCAUUCGGCCGGGACGAUGUCUCAUCGAAGGCGCUGAGCGACCAUCUGGCAGGGCUCUUCGACGAGGAGCAGCUCUACCGCAUCGAUCACUAUCUGGGCAAGGAGAUGGUGCAGAACUUGAUGACCAUUCGCUUCGGCAACAAGAUACUCAGCUCCACGUGGAAUCGCGAGAACAUUGCCUCGGUGCUGAUCACGUUCAAGGAACCAUUCGGCACACAGGGCCGUGGCGGCUAUUUCGAUGAGUUUGGCAUCAUACGUGACGUGAUGCAGAAUCAUCUGCUGCAGAUACUCUCACUGGUGGCGAUGGAGAAGCCGGUCAGCUGCCAUCCGGACGAUAUACGUGACGAAAAGGUGAAGGUGCUCAAGAGCAUACAGGCCUUGCAGCUGGACGACAUGGUGCUGGGACAGUAUGUUGGCAAUCCGCAGGGAAAAACCGAGGACGAGCGCACUGGCUAUCUGGACGAUCCCACAGUGAACAAGAAUUCGAGUACCCCCACUUAUGCUCUGGGCGUGCUGAAGAUCAACAACGAGCGCUGGCAGGGCGUUCCCUUUAUACUGCGCUGCGGCAAAGCGCUGAACGAGCGCAAGGCGGAGGUGCGCAUACAGUACCAGGAUGUGCCCGGCGACAUUUUUGAGGGCAACACAAAGCGCAACGAGCUGGUGAUACGCGUCCAACCGGGCGAGGCACUCUACUUCAAGAUGAUGACCAAGAGUCCUGGCAUCACGUUCGACAUCGAGGAGACGGAGCUGGAUCUGACGUACGAGCAUCGCUACAAGGACUCUUAUCUGCCGGACGCCUACGAGCGUCUCAUUCUCGACGUCUUCUGUGGCUCCCAGAUGCACUUUGUCCGCUCCGAUGAGCUGCGCGAGGCGUGGCGCAUCUUUACGCCAAUACUCCAUCGCAUCGAGAAGGAUCACAUUAGGCCAAUCGCGUACCAGUACGGAUCGCGGGGCCCCAAGCUGGCGGAUCGUAAAUGCGAGGACAAUAACUUCCAGUACUCGGGAUCGUACAAAUGGCACGGCAGCAAGGCCACUCCAUAACAGACCACAUCCAAACACUGAAACACUUCACAUUUGUUGAUAAGCGGUUGGAUAAUUCUUCUGGGUGGUUCUUUCACAUUGUGAUCGUCGUUUACAUAUAUGUAGGUACAUAUGUACAUAUGUAUGUAUGUAAAAUCCUUAUCAUAACAUCAUUUGAAGCAACUCUCUCUCUCUCACUCCUUUUUGCACUCUCUCUUAUUUACUUACAUAGUCUCUUAUGUAUGUACAUAUCUUUAGUUAUUUUUAAUUUUCUUAUGGUCUGUAGGAGAACAUGUUUUUUUUC